CCAGCUCUGUGCGAUGCCUCUGGUCUGUGUUGUGUCUGUGAGCACAGUCGGGCAGCAGUCGUCGCCACUGUGCGUCGCCGAAGAUGUUGCAGCAGCAGCAGCCUCUGACGGGCAAUGGGCCAUCCAACGGCCGGGGACUCGGCGUGAGUGGCCACCCCGGGAUGCACGCGCUCAACUCAGUUCACCAACCCUCCCAGCAUCGGCCCGACGGAGCGGAGUCGGGCCUCGAGGGUACAGAGAACGGACAUGAAACCCGCAGAGAUAUUGGGGACAUACUGCAGCAGAUAAUGACUAUCACCGACCAAAGUUUGGACGAGGCACAAGCAAAGAAACAUGCGCUCAACUGUCACCGAAUGAAACCCGCUUUGUUCAGCGUUUUGUGCGAGAUCAAGGAAAAAACUGGCCUUUCAAUGAGGAACGCCCAGGAGGAGGAGCCUCAAGAUCCUCAGCUGGUGCGACUGGACAACAUGCUGCUGGCGGAGGGCGUAGCGGGGCCAGAGAAGGGUGGCGGGGCUGCUGCUGCUGUUUCUGCUGCCACCAGCUCUGGGGGGAUGUCACCUGACAGCUCUCUCGAGCACUCCGACUACAAAAGCAAGUUGAGCCAGAUUCGCAGUAUCUACCACACUGAGCUGGAGAAGUAUGAGCAGGCGUGCACCGAGUUCACCACCCAUGUGAUGAACCUGCUUAGGGAGCAGUCGCGCACACGGCCUGUGACUCCACGGGAGAUUGAGCGGAUGGUGGCUAUCAUCCACCGCAAAUUCAGUUCGAUCCAGACCCAGCUGAAGCAGAGCACCUGUGAGGCGGUCAUGAUACUGAGGUCCCGCUUUCUAGAUGCCAGAGCCAAUCUCUACGCCAUGAAAACAGCCUUGGGAGCUAGACAGGGCGAUGAUUCCCCACACACUCCCAAUUCCACAGGGUCGGGGUCCUUCUCUCUGUCCGGAUCAGCUGACCUGUUCCUCGGGGUUCCACCUGUGAACGGUGAACAGUCUGCCUACCAAAUGGGAGUGCAGGCUAACGGAAGCUGGCAGGGUCGAAACUCGCCCCCAUCUGGCACCUCGCCUCAUAGCGACCAGUCAGAAAACUCUGACUGAUGGCCCCACCCACUGACACAGAACGACAGCGACGGAAAGAUUGAUGACGGAGAAAGACAGAAAGAAUGAUAUCGCACUUCCCACUUGGCUGCAGUUGUUUUUGUAUAUUGUUUGUUUGGUUUGGUUAUUUUAAAUGUAAGUUGUCUUUUUUUCUUCUUUUCUUAGCGCUCAGCGUUGGUCAUUAUUAUGUUUGUCUGAUUAGCUGAGUGCACAGAUGAUAGAGUGAACGUGUGUGUGUUGUGUGCAUGCUGGCGUGGUUUUCUCAUUGGGGUUGUAGGGUUUAUUUUCCACUACUUUUGACAUGUUACUGAGAUCUGUUUGUGGUUGGGAGGGGGGGAA